AUGGCUGCUUCUUGUACUGGAAUUGCCUUAGAGGAGAAGUAUGAUGUUUUCCUCAGUUUUAGAGGUGCGGAUACUCGCCCUGGCUUUACUAGCCAUCUCUACGCAGCUUUGAUUCGGCGAAAUAUUAAAACUUUUCUUGAUGAUCAACUCAUAAUAGGAGAUGAACUGACGCCGGCUCUUUUGAGUGCCAUUGAACGUUCAACAAUUUCAGUUAUCCUUUUGUCAGAAGACUAUGCCUCUUCCAAAUGGUGCCUUGAAGAACUUGAAGUGAUUCUUAAAAACAAGAAAGAGCGUCAACAGAUUGUAAUACCAGUUUUCUACCAUGUAGAACCUACACAUGUAAGGAGGCAAUCUGGAUCUUUUGGGGCUGCUUUUUCCAAGCUUGAAGAACGUUAUAAGGAGAAGUCAGACAUAUGGAGGACUACUUUGACAGAAGUAGCCAACCUAUCUGGUUGGGAUUCAUCUAUCGUAAG